AUGCUAACCAUCCUACAAUUUCCUUGUUGGAUUCUAAAAGUCCAGCAUUCUUUAACACUGUUCGACGAAAGAAUUGAGAUUACUAAACAUAACCUAGUCUUCAAAAUCGAUAUCCAUCUGAAAAUAAAAAUGAGAUGGGAGAUAUCGCCUUCUGGAAUUCAAUCCGUUCAUAUACAAGAUCUAAUGAUCCAAGCAAAUCAAGAGGACUUAAAUCAAUUGAAGUAGCACCUAGAUGGAAGAGUAUCGUACCUGGGAAUUUAGAAUUAUUAUGAAACCAUAGAGUUGCUGUCUGAUAAAAAGAAUUGUAAGAUCUGUAAAGUUGAAGAUAGAUUUACAAAGGUGAAGUUAUGUUGUAGAUCUCUGAGGAAAGAUGCUUACAACUAAGAACAAUUAUAUUAAUCAAUUAUUAUUUUGUACAAACUGUAACAACACAAAUAUUUUCCUAAAUUGUAUGAGGUUUACGAAUCAAAGGCUCACAUCUACAUCGUGAUGGAGUUGAUGGACCAUAAUUUGAAUGUAGACUUGAUUCAUGAAGAAAUCCAGAUUAUUACUUUGGAUUUACUCAAAACCAUUAGGAUAUUAAUUGACAACAAUAUUCAAUAUUCCAAGUUCAAAUUGUCCGAUCUCAUGAUGGAUAAGCGAGGCAACAUAAAACUCAUUAGCUUUUGUCACGCUUCUCGAUCCAAAGAUAUCGAUCUUGACAAUUACCUUGGCAACAUAGGCUAAAUUAUGAUUCAACUUUAUGGCUUCAAGGCCUCCUACACUUCAUUGCCUUAUAUUCCCGAUAAGGGCAACGAAUUUAUUGUUGGGUUGAUGAAUCCAAAUCUAGAUUACAGAUUUACUUUUGAAGAUGCAAUGCGACACGAAUACAUCUAAAGUAUCUUUGGCGAAACAAAUAUACCUGUGAAAUUUACAUAGAACCCAAAGUUAAUUACUGGUGUGACUGAAGCGAUAAGUUAAUAUACAAAGAGUUCAUACUAUUAAAAAAUUAAAUGA